UAUCAACAAAAGGCCACCUGGUUUGGGUGACAGUUUGAGAGCAGUGAGGGUAGCAGUAAAGGCCAGUGGAAAGGACUGCCGAAGACGCCAGCUUCAGCAGAAGCACAGACUGGGCCUUCCCCAGUCACCAGUGCAGGAAGGGCGUGCACAGGCCAGCUCCCCACCUCGGCUGAUCAAAAAGGUGGAGCCUUCACUUUGCCAGAGUUCAACUCCUGCCAACUCAGGACACACCGAUGGGCCACACUCCACCCCAGCAAGCCGCUACUCUGGGCUCUGGGGAACUCAGGCAGGUCUGAGCGUGGUCCUUACUGCCAGGAUAUGGAAGGACAUCGACACUGUGUGCGACGUGCCCUGUGCUCCAGUGACAGUGUUUUCUCCUUUCCCGUCAUCCCGGCAAUGACUCCGUAAAGCAGCUGUGAUUGUUCUCAUUUCCCAGACUAGGAAAUGGGUUACAGAAGGCGAGGGGGCCUACCAGGGUCACCGGGCAGCAGGGCUGGGACUCAGGCCUGAGCCUGCCCAAGGCUUCCCCACCUCCAAAUGCAUCCGAUCUUUCUGGGGAGAACUCGAAUUCCCUACCAUGUCAUCUGAAGAAGGAAAACUUUUCGUGGGAGGGCUCAACUUCAACACCGACGAGCAGGCAUUGGAAGACCACUUCAGCAGCUUCGGGCCUCUCUCUGAAGUGGUUGUUGUCAAGGACCGGGAGACUCAGCGGUCCCGAGGUUUUGGCUUCAUCACUUUCACCAGUCCAGAGCAUGCCUCAGAUGCCAUGCAAGCCAUGAAUGGAGAGUCCCUGGAUGGCCGCCAGAUCCGUGUGGACCAUGCGGGCAAGUCAGCCCGGGGAACCAGAGGGGGUGCCUUUGGGGGUCAUGGGCGUGGUCGCAGCUACUCUAGAGGUGGUGGGGACCAGGGAUAUGGGAGCAGCCAGUAUGAUAGUCGGCCUGGAGGAUAUGGAUAUGGAUAUGGAUAUGGAAGGUCCAGAGACUAUGGUGGCAGGUGGGUAGCUAAGGGGUUGGGGCAUCAUGGCAGUGCUGCUUCUCCAUAAGAGGUCAGCUUGCCUGGGGGUUCUGUUUUUGUUUUGUUUCCAUCCCCCAACUCUUGCCUGGGUUUUGUUUGUUUGUUUUUAAUUAAAUUCAGCUUUAUUGAAAUAUGUUCACAUACUAUAAAUCAUCUAUGGUGUACAGUCAGC